AUGGCUUCCGCAGAUAGCGAGGUGAAAACCCUCCUCAACUUCGUCAACUUGGCCUCGAGCGAUAUCAAGGCCGCCCUGGACAAGUCAGCCCCCUGCCGCCGAUCCGUGGACCAUAGGAAAUACCUGCAGAAGCAGCUGAAGCGCUUCUCCCAGAAAUAUUCCCGCCUGCCUCGCUGCCACCACCACCUGCAGCCGCAACUGCCUCCCGCCCGGGAGCGGAGAGCGCCUGAAGGGAGGGCGCGAGGCCUGAGCGUCGCCGACGGCCCCGAGAGCUCUGUAGGCCGAGGCCACGCCGCCCCCGGGACGGCCAAGGGCGACAAGGCCUCCAGGGCCCCAGAGCGCCUCGGCGAUGAGGAGCAGCAGCAAGAGACCCCGGAGGCAGGCGCCAGGCCCGACCAAGUGCCCAUGAGGAAAAGGCAACUGCCCGCCUCCUUUUGGGAAGAACCCCGGCCCGCUCCGGGCUCCCCGGGUGUUGUAAGUGGCGUGAUCUUUCCAGUGGGGGUUUCCUCGUCGCCCUCUUCUUCCUCCUCGCCCUCGUCCUCCUCCAAAGACCUGCCUCCUUACGAGGGAAAGAAAAACAAAACAGGCCUCGACAGCGGCGGGACUGGCACGGUCCUCGAGAGCCCCCCGCGCAGGCCAGAGGCCGAGGCCGCCAAGGGGCUGAGGGCCUGGAGCUGCUGUCCAUUUCAGUGCCACGGGCUCCAGGCUUCCCCCGGCGUCUACCCACCCCCACGGCGGAAAGAUGCGCCUUCCCCGACGGAGGGCGAGGCCUUCUGCCAGGCAGGGCAGAAAGUGUAUCGGCCUGUAGUGUGGAAGCCCAUCCCCACCAAGCCCGCCGCACCGCCCCUCAUCUUUAGUGUCUUCGGAUACCUUUAG